AUGGUUAGAGAUAAAAUAAGGAUUAAUACAAAAAAUGAAAGAAGAAAAUUAAUCCUUAAAAAGAAACCACAAAUAAAUAAUGACCUACUCACAACAAAACAAAAUGAAUUUGAAACAAAGAUUGAUCAAAUGAUAAAAACACAAAUCAACAUCAAAGAAAUGAAUAUUGAUGAAAUAAAUGAAACUCUAACAAAAAUAAUUGUUGAUACUGCAGGAAAACUUGCAAAAGAACCAAAUAGUAAUUCCCAGAAUUUCUGGGACAAUUUGCUCGAAAUUUGUGAGUGAUUUAAUGCUUUUAAUAAUAACGGUAUGUAAGCCUCUUCUCAUUCUUUCUUUUAUAAAAUAUAAUGUCAACAACGCUUAUUAUUCACUCA